AACUAGCACUUCGUAUUCUGUAAGGAUUAGGAAAGAUAAGGAGAGACUUUCUGCUAUAUUAAAGACGUUGGGAGUCACGGCCAAACUCAUUAGUUUAACUCUUAUACAAAGAAAGAGAGAAAACCUUGGGUCUUCUUUUCUAUUUGAUUAGUCCAUCAUGCAAGAAGAAUUCGAAGCAGGUUGGGGUAGUAUUGUGGGUGAUCUUUUAAGAUGCAUUGUCGACAAGACUUCAAUUCGAGAUCGUAUUCGGAUGAGUGCAGUUUGUCGGUUUUGGCAAAAUUCGCUCAAGGAUGAAAAAAUCAAUUUUCCUAUUUGUUUGAUGCUUUCAGAGAAAGAGAGUAGUGACAAACGUAGUUUUAACAGUAAUGCAGAAGAAGUCAUUAUUGAGCUCGAUUUGCCGGAGAUCCGAGGAAGGAGGUGUUGGGGCACUCCUUUUGGUUGGUUAGUUACUUUCGGUCUUGAUCUUGAAAUUCGAUUGUUUAAUCCUUUAUCGAAAGCUAGUCUUUCCCUUCCUUCUCUGCGCUCCUUCGAUAAUGAUUUCGACUAUCCCCCAGAAGAUUUGCGUUUAUAUUUUAUAAAAAAAGUCUUCUUAUCCUCAAGUCCAACUUCCCCUGAUUGUAUUGCUAUGGCGAUUUGUGGAGUGUCGAAUAGAGAUGAGACUUUAGUCUUUGCAAAGCCUGGUGAUCAAGUAUGGACUCAAAUUUGUUUUAUCUUUUCAAUGGAUGACAUCACUUGUUUCAAUGGUAAUUUCUUUGUAGUUCUUAUUACUGGGGAAGUUCUUAUAUGUGAGGACUUAAAUGGACCAUCUCCAAAACUCGUUGAAUUCGCUGCACCACCUUCUACUGUUCAUCUUGGUCAUAAGAAGUAUAUUGUUGAUUUGGGUGGCGAUCUUUGCAUGAUUACUCGCGGUGUUGGUCGAUAUGAUAUCAGAUAUGAUAGUGGAAGAGUGGAAAGAACUGAUUUGACGGAAGAGUUCGAGAUUUUCAAACUUGACAUGCAUACAAAGAAUUGGGAGAAAAUAUUAUCAUUGGGUGAACACUCUUUAUUUCUUGGAAAUUGCUGCACUUUCUCCGUCUUGGCAGCUAACUAUCCUAGAUGCAGGGCUAAUUGCAUUUACUUUACCGAUGACAAUUUUUAUUAUUAUCCUCAGGCUCGCGUCUCUGAUAUAGGCAUCUACAAUUGUGAUAAUACAAAGGAUAUAAACUAUAUCAACGAUUACGAAGUGUUGGAUUUGCGUUCUACAUUCUCUCCUCCGCUUUGGAUCAAACUAGGCUCUCAUUGACAACACUUUUAUUAGUAAUAAGAGGUUUUUUUAUGAUGUUUUACUUAUCAAAUUUCUCAAAAUUUUGAUCAAUAUGAUUAAACUAUUGAUUAAAGAAAUCCCGUGUUGUUCUUGCCAUUUAUGCACUUGUGUAUUUAGA